AUGGUUUAUUGCAGCUGUCACUGAUAUUUUCAGUCCAACCUCCCCAAAAUGUGAUUCAUGUAGUCUAUUUGGACAUUAAUAUCAUGUUUACAUUUCCCUAUCUGUAACAGCCGAAGGGAAAGGGUGUCUCGGUAUGUUUUAGACAUGCGGAAGUGUGUUCAAGCUAUGACGCGUUGUUAAAUGACAGGCGGUACAGUGCGUCUAUAUCUGCGCUAAUAAUAUUAAUUAUGCCUCCGAAAGACCCGCUGCUCGGGACCCUCAAAGUAUGCAUCCUGAACCUGCAGACAGAAGAGGGGACAGUGACAGAUGUCAACCCUCACCUCUCCUCCUGCUGUGAACUACUGGAGCUCACCCUCAGGAAGGGCCUUCAACAGCCAGUCCUUGGUCUAGUACACAGGGACUACUGGCAAUGUUUCGAGCAACUCCUCCAACACGACAACUGCGGCAGACUGAGUGCUGUGUCGCUUGCGGUUGAACAGACCUUAGCCUGCAGGAAGCUGUUGUCAGCUCAGGGACGAGGACGCUACCUCCUUAGGCUAGCCCUCAGACGGAGGGUUCUAGAAGGAGUCAUCAAACACCUGUUACACACACCCAAAGUACUAGAGUGGUACAACCCAGCUAUUUCACUUCUUAGGAAUGAGGAAUUUGUGGAGCCUUUCAUGUCCCUGCUCAUGGUCCUCUCAGAAAUGGAAUUCAAACUGGACAUGGAGAACUGCAGUUUUCUGGAUGAGAGCUGGCUUCUACCGGUGUGUGAUAUGUAUGAGGCAGUACCCUGUCGUGAGCUAGGGAUGGUGCUCAGGUAUCUCAGUGGCCGUGUCUUUGUCCUGAAACUGUUGCCAGGUAGCCAGGCUCAGGUGGACAAGUGUGUACAUCCAGGUGACAUCAUUGAUGAGAUCAACGGAGUCUCCUUACGGAAUGCCUUUAAUGGACAGGCAGGUGUGGUCCUCUCCGGGCUUAAGGGGCAUCCCCUGUCCCUGCGUGUGUUACGGUGGUGUGUGCAGGACGGGGGUGUAUAUCGCCCCAUCAUCAAACUCCUAAGAGCUCUCAGAGAAGAGAACCCCACCCUGCAGCUAGGCCCCCCCCCUUCCUCCCAAGAACCCACCAAUCAGGGCGAGAGGCCCACACCCUCUCAGUGCCUCAAAGAGGGAAGAAUUGUGUACAUUGUGCAGUUCUUGGGAAAGACAAACAUUGGAAUGUACGGAGGCAAGGAGGUGCUUCAAAAUGGAAUCCCCCUGGUCAUACAGCAAAACCAGCCCAGCAUGGAAGUACUUUUAGAUCUUAAGGAAACCCACUUGAUCUGCACUGAGAAAUCCAAUAUGACAGAGUUGUUCCAGCACCAUUAUCCAGAGAUCUCAUGUGUAGGGCGGUUUGGCCAGCCAGACUAUACCAUCUUUGCCUUCUGCGUAGUAGAAUCCCCAGAAACUCCUCAGUCAACAGGAUUCUGCUGUGUGGUACUUAGAGCCAGUGCGGUCAAAGAAUGUGAGGAGAUCGUCAACCGAAUCGCUGUUGGUUUCAAGCACACGGAGUGGUUCGUAUGAAAAGAAAUCCCUUGACAACUGGAUAUGUGCUAAACAUCAAAAUGUUGUGGUAAUUGAAUAAACACGUGUUUUGAAAAAUUCAAGUGUGAACACCAAAUGUUAAAGCCCCUAGUGGCUA